AUGGAUGUCACCCGGCGAGAGGUCUCGAGGGCGCGGGAGGUGAAGCUGGGUGAUCGGUGGGGGGUACGCGUCGCGGUGGUGUGUCAGGAGGGAUGGUAUCCGAGGAAGGAGGAUCACGUGAAUCAAGACGCGUGGGUCGUCGUCGCGGGCGAGGGGUUGACGCAUCGAGAGGAGAGCAUCGAUGAAUUUGGGAGCGAUGUGGUAUUGGAGCGGUCGUGUGGGGAACUGUUGCUCGGCGUGUUCGAUGGGCACGGGAAACACGGCGAGGCGUGCGCGACGAUCGCCGGCGGCGCGUUUGCGGAGUUUUUAAAGCGAGAAACUCGAGGGAUUUCGAUGGGAACGGGGGGGUACGAGCGCACGUUCGAGCGCGUGAACGCGACGGUGUGUGAUUCGCUCGGGGAUGAUGCCUCGUUCAGUGGGUCCACGGCGAUCACGGCGCUUUUUGACUCGCGCGGGACGGUGCGCGUGGGGAACGUGGGCGACUCUCGCGCGGUGGUCGGCGUCGAGGUCGGUCCAGGGCAAACGCCGAGGAAUCGGCACACGAAGAAGUGGGAGGUGAAGGAUUUAACGAGGGAUCAGACGUGCUUUCGCGCGGAUGAGCGAAAGCGGAUGCGAGUCGAGGCGCAGAGCGCGAUGACGUUCGCCACCAUCGGGAUGGUUUUGGGCGAAACCGAGUCGCACGAAGACUUUGGCGACGGUGAACCCGGGUCGGAGGACGAGUACUGCGACGAUCCACCGCGGGUGUUCAUGGCGGGUCAGCGAUUCCCCGGGUGCGCGUUCACGCGCUCGAUCGGGGACACGGUGGGGAAAUCACUCGGGGUCUCCGCGACGCCAGAGAUGUCGACGUACGACUUGGCGGAAGAGCCUACGACGCGGUGCUUAAUCCUCGCCUCGGACGGCGUCUUCGAGUUCAUGUCGAGCGCGGAAACGAUGUCCAUCGCAGAAAAGUUCUACGAUGAGAACGCCCCGGAGGCGGCUGAGCUCGCCGCGCACGCCAUCGUUCGCGCCGCGUACACGCGUUGGCAAGAGAACGACGAGCGCGCGGACGACAUCACCGCCGUCGUCGCUUUUAUUUAUCCCGCCGAUCCGGGAACGUCCACGGCCACGGUCGUCGUGAACGAUGUCAUCGAAGCGACGAUGAAUAAACUGGCGAUUUGA